CCUCAGCCCGUCAGCCGAGAAGACACGUGACAAACUGGAAAGACAACAAAACAGUCAACAAAAAACCUAGGUUUCGUUUCAUUUCUGAACUGACUGCUGAAGCGACAAUGACGGAACAACAGCGGGAAGAAAAACGCUACGAUCCCAAAGACAAAACACUGAAGUUUGUAACGCGCCAGGAUGACAUAACUGGGGAUGAUGACCCUGAGACUCGUCGUGCUGAGAUGUCAUGUGGCCAUGCAGUGACCCCACAGUCACUGACUGCAUGGUGUCGUAGUUUGCUUGACCAGGGUCAGCACAAGUUCCUGUGUCCUGCACUUAAAGAAGACACACUAAAAAGAUGCAAUGCAGAAUGGCCCUAUGCAGAAGUGCGGAGGUUGGCUGUACUGACUCAAGAGGAGCAGAGCCAUUUUGAAGAGACGAUGGCCGUCCUCGCUGCAGCUGAGUACUGCGAACACAAAACAUGCCCUGGAUGUCAAACAUUCGUUGAGAGAGCGGACAUUACCAACCUCUGUGUCUUGUGCACCAUCUGCACGGCUGAGAAGGGUUGUACAUUUCAAUUCUGCUGGCAGUGUAUGAGAGAGUGGAAAGGCCCUGGCCCUCGAUCUGACCGCUGUGACAACCCUGGCUGCACCAAUCCCGACAUUGAAAAGUUGGCAAAAUGUCGUGAAAUAAAACUACCUGAAGUCAAAAAUGAGAGCUGUCCCUCAAUGCGCGCUUGCCCCACUUGUGGCAACCUUGUGGAGCAUGACACAACGGGGUGUAAGAAUAUCAUAUGCAAUCGCUGCAGGGUAGAGUUCUGCUUCGUUUGCCUGAAAGUCACUCAAGUAUGCUUGCAAACAAGCAGUUACUUCAUUGGCUGUUCUGCUGGGGUCGCGCCACGGCAGACUUCCAUUCCUUCCUGGAAUAGGAACUGAAAACCAUUGAAGAAGCCAAACAAAAUUAUGUUUUAUGAUAAAAUGUCAAAAACGUGUACCUUGAAUGUAAUGUAAGUUGCUUUGGUUAAAAGAGUCUGCCAAAUGCGUAAACAUGUAGUAGGCUAUAUUAAAAUGUUUAUUCCUUUUGUGUCUGAUUCUAGGUGAAGGUUUUCUUUCCAUUCUUCUUAUAUUGAUUGUUUACCCUCUUACUGCAUUUUGUAAACAUUUAACUAUUUUCUAGGCAUAAAUGAGAGUGAAUUUGAAGAGGUUUUCAUAUUGUAGAAUGGGUAAUAUGGCCUCUUAAAUUUUCUUCUGCUGCAAUCAUAAAUUGAUCUAAUAUACAACAAUAAAAUC